AUGUCGGAGCUGGAAAAAACUUUCCGCAAAUUUGCCGUGUAUGGGGAAACGAACAGCAGCGGCAAUGAAAUAACGGGCAAGAACUUCUCCAAGAUGUUAAAGGAGUGUGGUGUGAUGGACGGGAGGUUUGUGACCAGCACUGACGUGGACAUUGUCUUCAACAAAGUCAAGACCAAAGGGGCCCGCAACAUGAACUACAUCGAGUUCCAGCAAGCCAUCAAGGAGCUGAGCGGAAAGCGCUUCCAGGCAAAGUCCCCAGAGGCGGCUUUAUUGGCCACAUACCAGCUGAUGGAGGGCAAAGAACCAGCCAGCACGGGAACAAAAUCUACCGCGGCUAGUGUUGUGGAGAGGCUGACAGACACCAGCAAAUAUACAGGCUCCCAUAAGGAACGGUUCGAUGAAACUGGCAAAGGCAGAGGGCUGGCUGGACGUACGGACCCGGUUGAAAGCCACACCGGCUAUGUCUCUGCCUACAAGGGGGCUGGAACUUACGACAAGUACCACUAG